GAGCUCGAUGGAGAUUAUGGAGUCCAGAUGGAGGAUUUUGUGGGGCUGGAUGGAGACUUUUUCGGGCCACAGGGAGAUCUGGGAGCUGCAUGAAAGAUCUGCAGUCUCGAUGGAGGUUUGGGGCUGGAUAGAAAUGUUGGGUUGGUUGGAGGCUUUGAGUCUGAAUGCAGCCUUGUGGGCCUGGAUGCAGAGAUUGUGUCUGCCUGUAGAGAUCAGAGUGGCAUGGAGAUUUAGGGGCUGGAUGGAGGUUUCAGAGGGGAUGGAGAUUUUUGGGGAUGGGUGACAUUUAUGGGGCUGGAUGGUGGAUGUGGGGACUGAACAGAGUUUUUUUGGGUGGAUGGAUGGGCAGAUGAGUAACAGAGUGAUGGGAAGCAGCCCACACAGCUGGGAAUCUGUCCUCAAGGACAGGGAGAGGAGCAGAGCUGCCAGAUGUGUAAGGCCGCUUUGCUCAGGGCACAAGAGCUCUCCAUCCCCAGUGCAGGCAGUCUGGAAAGGAAGGCAAGAGAGCAGCAUGCCUGAAGCGGGACCUGCUGGUCAAAGUGGAGAGCAAGAAGCAGAUGCACAGGCAGUGCCAGCAGGGCCAGGGAGCGUGGCAGGAGGGUGGUGUGGGUGCUGGUCUGUGUGGGGCUGGGGGCAGGAAGGCCAAGGCCCAGCUGGAACUGGACGUGGUGAGGGGUGCAAAGAAGAACAAGGAAGGCUUCGACAGGGCUGUCAACCUGAAAAGGAAAGCCCAGGAGGGCAAACCCAUCAGUGAGCAAUGCAGGCAGGCUGGAAACAACAGACAAGGAGAAGGCAGACUCCUUCAUGGGGUAUAUGGGUUCUGCACACUGCCUCUGUGUGUCAGUAGAUUCAAUCAGACUCAAAAAUGCUGUCCCACAUUCUGAGAGCAAGGCAAGGUCCAUCCCUUGUUCCUGUCCUUCUCAUUCAGACAGCAGAAUCAUUUCCUGAUCUGAUGGGUCUGGCAGCACCACAUACUCUCGCUGACUGCUAUUCCGUUCAGAAGUGAAUUGGCUCUGCAGGGCUGCCAAUGGCCCCUGCCAGGAUUUCAGCCUUCCAUCAGCAGUGCGUUGAAUGACAGCCUCUCCUUCUGGGCUGUCAGCAGCGCUGCUCCCAACACAGCACACACUGUGCGGUUCUGAGCCUAAGGCAUUCCCGGUGGGGAAGGGCACACAGUGCCCCUUUUCAGCUCCUCAGGAACAGGGGAGCAGCCCAGCACUGGCAUUUCCCAGGCAGCCAUGGCUUGGCCCUGCUCGGGCCUGUCCCAGCAUGGAGCCUUCCUGGGGUAGAGCUGAGAGGUUACCUCCAGACAUUUCCGGACCUGUCACGGGCACAGCUUUAUCUACAUAACUCUGUGACACCAGAGAAGCUGCAUUUCUUGAUGUCUCCUUUCUGCCAGGUGGUGACUUCAAUCAUUGCGUGAGCGCUCUCAUCCCCCCUUCUGCACCAGCACUGCAACUCCUCAAAAUGGACCAGGAUUGCUUUCCUCCCUGCAUCUCUCUCUCUUACGUUUCUUCUCUGCUUCUCUCCAAUUUCUCUCCUUUCUUUUCCACUCUUUUCCUCAUUUUCCCCAAAGUCCUCUUUGAAGCUUCUCCUGCAGCAGCCAUGAUCCAUGACUGCCCAGGGAUGAGAGCGUGUGGGGCACCUCAACAGGCGCAGUGUGCAGAGUGCAUCUCUCCACUUGUCCCUCCCCAGAGGGGCCCCACAGUGCAACCACCCCUAUGUACUAAUAUGACCACAUCAGGAGAUGACAUCAUAUCAUCCUGAAAAAGAAAGGGGAACUGACAGCAGGGCUCUGGCCACUUCCUUUCCCCUCUGCAGUCUCACUGUCCACAAGCUGCUCCUGCCUCAUGGCACCAAUGGCGGUGAACCUCAUUCUCGGUUGGUGGCUGGUGGCAGCAAGCAGGGCACAGCAAGUGCCCCGACCCUCCCUGUCACUGCACCCCAGCCAGGGGGUGUCCCUGGGGGACACUGUCACCCUGCGCUGCCACCUGCCCCGGCUGGCUGCCUGGGUCAGGCUAUAUCGGGAAGGACGUUUGUCAUACGCCAAGAGGAAGAAGAAGGAGCAGGACGCGGCCGAGUUCUCCUUUGUUAGCACACUGCAGGAACACGCAGGUUGUUAUCAGUGUCAGUACCGGGUGUCUGAGUCAGCCGAGGUGUCAGUGAAGAGUGACCCCGUGGAGCUGGUGCUGACAGAUGUCAGAUACCCCCCAUCCAGCAUUUCCCUUCACCCUGAGCAACAUGUGGGAACAGGGACCAAUGUCACCAUCCGCUGCUGGAACAAGGACUAUGGGGCCACCUUCCUCCUGCACAAGGAUGGGACCUCAGCCCCUAUCCAGCGCCAGAACUCCAGUGGUGGGGGCACAGCCACUUUCACCCUCUUUGGGGUGACCCCAGCUGACAGUGGCACCUACAGGUGCUCCUACCGCCCCUGGCGCUACGCCUCCAUGUCCUCACCCCUUGGGGACAGCGUGAUGCUGGAGGUGACACCCACAGCUGCACCCCCAGGUGCUGCAGGCAGUUCUCAUGGGAACCUGGUGGUGGUAGUGAUUGGUGGCUGCACUGCUGCCUUUGUCUUCAUCCUCGUCCUUAUCAUCUUCUUCCUCCUCUCUGCCCGCAGACAUCGGACACAGAGAGAUGAGAGCCCCGGUGCCCCCCCCAAAAAGCCUGAGGCCAUGGAGUUCCAGGUGCCUUCCAGUGACAGCGAGGGUCUGACCUACUUGGAGCUGCAAGCUGUGACCCCCAGCACACAGCCCCCCAGCUCCCCUGCCGCCACUCAGCCCUCUGUUAUCUACACCGAGGUGGCCGUUGGGGGGCACCACUGAUGCCUCCAUACGUGUGCACAAACACGUGUGUGUUGUAUGCACACAUGUGCUUCCAGCAUGCACAGUGCACUUGUGUUAUGUGUGCUCACCAUCACGUGAGCACUGCAUACAGGUACCACUGCAGGUGUUCAUAUGUUACCUGCGUGUGCACCAUCACAUGUGCACAACAGUUGUACACAGAUGUGCACUCCGUGAUUAACUCCGUUCCUUUGUGUCUGUGCGAUGCCACGUGUGUACACCAGUAUAUGUGCACAGUAGUGCAUGUGUGUGUCCUUAGCAUGCUUUCUGAGACUGGUAAGGAACGCAUGAGGUGACCAGCAA